AUGGAGCCGUAUGUCCCAAUCGAGAGUGAGAGGACUCUUUCAGUUUGCCGACGCCUGUGUUACGCAGUCGGGCACUUUCUCAAUGAUUUGUGCGCCUCGAUGUGGUUCACCUACCUGCUGGUUUACCUGCACUCGGUCCUCGGCCUCCAAAGUACAUUUGCUGGUGUGCUGCUGCUCAUCGGUCAGGUAGCAGACGGAGUCUGCACUCCUCUCAUUGGAUACGAAUCUGACCGAACUCACGGAAAGAGGAAAGGCUGGCAUUUGUUGGGAACGGUCUGUGUGAUUGUUUCUUUUCCCUUCAUUUUCAAUCCCUGUCUGGCCUGCUCGGCAAACACCCCACAAUGGGCAAAGAUCGUCUACUUCGCCCCCUUCAUCGUCAUCUUCCAGUUUGGGUGGGCCGCCACUCAGAUCUCACACCUCUCCCUCAUUCCAGAGCUGGUAUCCAGUGAGAACGCCAAGGUAGAGCUCACCGCGUACAGGUAUGCCUUCACUGUUGUGGCCAACAUCACGGUCUAUGCUGUGGCCUGGCUGCUUUUUCACUUCUAUGCAAAACAAGACAUGACAGACAAUCUGGGCCAGGCAGACAUUCCUCUAUUUAGGAUGCUGGCGCUGAUUGUACUAGGCGUUGGAGCAGUUUUCUCACUGAUAUUUCACAUCGGUACAAAGGAGCCUUCAGGAGAAGAGCCGCUUCUCCCACCUCCGGCUAAUGAGGAAGCAGCGCCUAGUCGAUUGUUGCAGUGGAAGGACUGGCUAAAAGAGCCUUCUUUCUACCAGGUGGCCUUCGUCUACAUGUGCACAAGACUGAUCGUCAACCUAUCCCAGUCAUACAUCUCUGUUUACCUCACCAACUCACUGUUGCUACCAAAGAACUACAUUGCCAUAAUACCGCUGGUGAUGUAUGUCAGCGGCUUCAUUAGCUCACUGACCAUGAAGCCUAUCAGCAAACUUGUAGGCAUCAGUAUGAUGUAUUUUUUCGGCCUGCUUUUGGUGAUCGGCUUUGCCCUCUGGGUGUUUUUUGACAAGAAAAUGGGAGGUGAAAACAUCUAUGGCGCUGCUGUGCUGCUGGGAGCUGGCUCAGCUAUCAUCCUGGUCAUGUCUCUCUCCAUGACCGCCAAACUCAUCGGGGAGCAUACGAAAAGUGGAGCCUUUGUUUAUGGCUCAAUGAGCCUUACGGACAAGGUGGCCAAUGGUGUUGGUGUCGUCAUCAUCCAGAGUAUCAGACCGUGCAGCACCGAGGCAUGCUGCCCAGCGUGUAUUUGGUUUUAUCGUGACGUCAUGGCAAUCGUAACAGGCGGCGUGGCAAUGGCUGCAACAUUUGGCCUCAUAACAAUUCUCAUCUGGCCACUCAAGACGAAGAAAAAUGAAUGA